CAGGAAAGGCCUGCCCAUUGUGCAGACGAAGAUCCACAGUGCACAAAUAUGCACACAAAUAUACGCAUGCGCAGAGUUCUUAUGAGCCUGGCAGAUGUGCGGGUGCUUGGGCAUAGGUGAGCACAUGUCACUAAUACGGGUGCCAAAAGGGCUAUUUAAACUGGCUGCAGCAGAUGUAUCUUGCCGUUUGGUCUUACCCCUGCUUGUGUUCCCUGAUUCCUGUGAUUGUCUCCUGAUACUGAACCAGCUUGUUCCUGACCUCCGCUUGGACGCUACCUGCCCUGACCUCGGGCUUGCCUUGGAUUACCCUUCUGUCUCUGCUCCUGUCUUAUUGACCUUCCUCUGCUGACCUGGCCUGUGACCCUACUACUCUUCCUCCCGCUGCUUAAGCUUGAUCUGCCCGACCAAUACCGAACCUGGCUCGUCUGACCCUGCAUCCUCAAAACGCACCUCUCAGUGAUCCAU